UUCAUCAUUUUGAAUACUCAAACUCUCAAUCUUAUAUACAUACAUUCCUCUAUUAGUUGUUUCAAUCAAAUCAAAACAAGGCCAUGGUUUCUGGAGGCAUCAAGACGGUUGCUUCGAGCAUACUUGUGCUUCAUCUGGUUCUAUACUUCAUUGUCGUGAUCAUCUCGGGUUGGGCUGUGAAUCACGGUAUUGAAGAAGCACGCGAGACUGCUUCGAGUCUGACGAUUCCUGCUCGAAUAUUCCCAAUUUAUUACCCGUUUGGGAAUGAUGCCACGGGAUUCUUGGUGAUAUUUUCUCUCAUAGCUGGAGUUGUGGGUUGUGUAUCUUCUGUUUCGUGUCUAAACAAUGUUGGUCAUUGGACUCGUGCUCAUUUGCAUGCAGCCGCAGCCUCCUCUCUUCUAACAUGGGCACUCACUGUUCUUGCCAUGGGGGUGGCUUGCAAAGAGAUUAACGUUGAGAGGACAAAUGGAAACUUGAGAAUAUUGGAGAAUAUUAUGAUAGUGCUAAGUGGGACACAAUUUUUAUGCACUCUUGCCAUUCAUGCUGGAGUUGAAGAUGUUGUUAAAAGACAGAUAUUUUAAUUACUUAUUUUUAUGUUUACUAUUACUAUUAUGGGAUGUUUGUUCAUUAA